AUGUCGCCCGAAAUUGUCCGAUCUGAGGGANNUAAGAGGUUCUCUAGCGUCGAGAUGGCUCCACUAGAGAAACAGAGCUCUGUUGAGGUUGGUGAAGUAUCGGAAAUUAGCGAGCAAGACAUCGGUGAGUAUAUCUGGUGGUACGCCAAACACAGUCACAAGACUAACAGGACCNNAGUUGCUGCCGAGAGCGAAUAUUCCGAGGAACAAUACAAGCACCUUCGAAGGAAGAUCGAUAGAUACUUGCUGCCGCUCAUGUGGUUAUGUUAUGGUAUCCAGCAAACCGAUAAGACCGCACUUGGCACACAAGCUGUAUUUGGUCUACGCGAAGACACCGGUCUUCAUGGUCAGCAGUAUAGCUGGCUGACAACCAUCUUNCUGUACGCUUUCAAACAUUCUUCGGAAGUGAGACUUGUCUCAUGUCUUACAGAUCUCGUCUAUAUGGUUUUUGAGUUCCCUAGCAACAUUCUCUUGCAACGUUACAAAAUGGGCAAAAUUUUGUCGUGCUACAUGAUUUGCUGGGGAGUCGUGGUGCUUUGCAUCGGAUUCGCUCAAAACUUCACGCACCUCAUCGUUCUCCGCGCACUGCAAGGCUUCUUCGAAUGUUGCAUCUCACCAGGAUUCAUAUUGGUCGUCGGUAGCUGGUACAAGACCAGAGAGCAUGCUUCGAGGUCUCUCGUCUUUCAAUCUGCCAACGCUGGCUUCGGCAUCAUUUCAAGCUUGGCCCUGUAUGGCAUUGGAAAGCAUGGCGCAAAGGAUCCAAAUUCCGAACCCUGGAGAUGGAUGAGCUACUUCCUCGGUGCCUUGACCAUUCUUGUUGGUUGCAUCUGCUUGUUCCUCCUCGGUACACCUUCCGAGGUUAAGUGGCUUACGCCGGAGGAAAAGCGCAUGGCAAAUGCACGCAUUGUCAGCAACAACACAGGACACGACCGCACUGGAGUCAAGAAGUGGCAGUGGAAGCAAGUCAGAGAGUGUCUGAUUGACCCUUGCUUCUGGUUCGCUGGUAUCAACGCCUUCCUUAGCAGCUUACCGAACGGUGGGCUCACAACAUUCAGCGCUAUCAUUAACACUUCUUUCGGCUUCACCAGCUUAGAGGUAAUCCUUCUGGAAAUCCCUCGUAGCACCUUUUCCGUGUUAUACUUCAUCGCAAUAGGUAUUGUCACGAGUAAACGCUCUGGUCUGCGUCUGUACUUCAUGAUCUUCUCUACUAUCCCACCUUUUGUCGGCUUCCUUGGAAUGGCUUUGAUCCCAAAUGAGCCCUCUAACAAGUGGACGAAAUGGGGCAUGUACUUCAUGACAGUGCCCUACGUAAUUUCGCUCUUCCUUGCCUGGUCACUGAUCCCUUCAAACACGGCUGGCCGCACCAAACGUACUUUCACCUCUUCGUUCACGUUUGUUGGUUACUGUGUCGGCAAUAUGGCCGGGUCUCAGAUCUUUAAAGCCAAAGAUGCGCCUUACUACAUUCCUGGUGUGGUGGGCUGUGCUGUCUGCUUCGGACUUGAAUUUGCGGUGCUCGUGGCCUGGAGAGUUGUGUUAGUGCUUAGAAACCGGCGGUUGGACAGAGCCAUCGCGAACGAUGGGUUGAGUGAGGAGGAAAGAGCGUUGAGGGCGAAGAAGAUGGGAGAAGAGGACAAGACGGAUUUCGAGAACCCCUACUUCCGUUACACACUAUAA